CGAUCUCUCUUCCCCCCCUUUCCCUCGGCCGCGUCGCCAUCGCCACCGUCGCCGACGCCGUCCGUCGGUCUAGAACCAGAGAAGCGACUGCCCAGGCGCUGCCGCCCGUAGGUGUUUGUGACUUUUCCUGGACCUAUCAGUGGAGCGGCAGAGGCCGAAACAGAAAUGGCGUCGUCCGCUGAUGAGGCGGCCUCCGACGGUGGCGACGUUCGAUCCGAAAGGGGGAAGAAGUCGUACAUGGCAGAGACUCGACAGUGCUUGGUACUUGCUAGGCAGAGCCUGCCUCGUGACGUGUACGACGAGUUUGUCAAGACCAUGACUGAGAUUUGGAAAAGGAGUGUCGAUCCUGACGGUGAAAUCAGGAAUAUCUCCGUCGAAAGCUACAAAGAGACGGUCAUGGAGCUAUUCCAGGGCCAGCCUGAAGUCAUGCAGGGCUUCAUCUACUUUACACAAGGCCAUAGCCCCUUCAAGGACAAUGCUAUCCGGAUGGAAAAUCCAUUAGAUUUCAUUCAGAGACUGAAGAGAAACCCUGACAUCACUAACGAGGAGUAUGCCGCUAUUAUCAAGACCUUGCUAGCAUACAGAAAGCAAGGAGGGACCAUGACCGUUGCAGAUGUUUUCCAUAAUGUGAAGAAAUGCUUGAGUAACUGUCCCGAGUUACUAGAUGAGUUUAUAAAAGUUUAUCUGCCACCUCGCCCAAAUGUUGCUCUGCCAGAUGAGGAGUCCUGCAGAAAUCUGAAGCCUGGUCGAGUGGGCGAGGCCAUUUCAAGCAUUACUCCAGAUGCUUAUCACAACUUGGAUAGUAUCCUUAUGGAAGAUGAUGAUAGCGAAGAAGGUUAUGAAGAACCGCCUUGUGCCGAAGAGGGCGAGGAAGACAAGGUUGAGCCCUUGCCAGACUGGAUUCCCUCAAGAGAAAAGGAAUUUCCCCCAAAGGCAGACAUCACUAACUGCAAACGUUACACUCGUAGCUAUUACCUGCUACCAGAUAAUUGUAUAACUCUUCAAUCAAGCUACCAGACCGAACUGGGAAGGUCUAUUUUCAAUGAUUGUUUGGUUUGUAGCACAUCUGGGAGUGAGCGAUCAGAUGGCUCUAAGUGCAAAACUAAAAAUGAAUCAUCUGCUGGGUGUGAGGAAUCGGAUAGCUGUAAGCCCAAAAUUGAAAAUAAAUUUGAAUCAACAAUUUCGGCAUGUGAAGAGGAAAUGUUUGAGAGUGACAUGCUGUUGCAUUGGUUUAGUGAGACUGCUGACUUUAUUUCAAAUCUCCAACAGCAUGUUGACAGAGAUUUGAAGAUUAAUGAACAUCUAUCUCCUCUACACCGGAAGUGCAUUCAAAAACUAUAUAAUGAUGAUUACGAUCAUUAUUGUUUGUUGGAGAGUAAGAACACUAGUGCUGCUCUUGCUGUUCUACUUUCUCGUUUAAAUCAGAAGGUUGAAGAUUUGUCGGAGGCACGUUUAUGUUUGCAUAAGACACGCUCACAGGUUAUUGCCAAAAAUUACUACAAAUCGCUAGAUCAUCAUGGCCCCUCUUUCAAAAUAUUGGAUACAAAGAGGAUGAGCCAAAAAGCUUUGCUGGUUGAAGCCAAAGAAAUCAAUAAAACGAGGUUGAAUGUUGCAGAUGAAUAUGCUAAUCCUGUGAUGCAUGAGGACAUAAGCAGUAUCAUUUCCUCUGCAUGCGCUUCUGAUGAGAAGCAGAUGAUGACUUGGACAAAACUAGUACAUCCAUUUCUUUCGGCUAAUUGUCAAUGGCCAGACUACUUGAAGGAAACUGUAGCUCACAAAGAGGCUUGUGAAGAUUGUGGUAUCAAAAAAGAUUUCCUUGGUAGCAUUCCCAAUGAUUCACCUGCUCACAAGCUUUCUUUAACUCCCAAGAGUGGUGGGAAAAACUCCAUCGAUUGUAGUUCUUCGCAUGAUGUUUUUGAUGCGGAGAUCGAGGAGGGUGAGUUCAUACCCGCUAAAGAACCAACAAGUAGUGAUGUUUCUGCAUCUGUUGGAGAUGGAUUGAGCUUUCGAUGUCUGGCAACUGAUACUUCCCGACCUAGUACUUGUGACCACGGGAAUGAGCCUGAAUCGCAGCAUGAAUCAAGGCAGCACUCCAGAAGAACAGCUAAAUCGCGUGGUGUGAAAGGAGGUGCUUGUUGUUCUCUCAUGGUGCUCUGCAGGCUUUACCAGAUUUUAUACGAGAGACUACAAACUGCGAGAAAUUUAUGUACCAGCGAUCUAUAUGAAGAAUUUAAGGAGAAACUCUGCAGACUGCUUGAUCACUCUAUUGACAAUUGCAAUUUUGAAGACUUCUGUCUGAAAUUUCUUGGGCCAAAGUCCUUCGAACUUUUCACUCUGGAUAAAGUGAUAAAGCGAGUCACCAAGCAGCUUUGCAUACUUUCUUCAAGUGAUCAAGACAACUCGCUUCUUCAGUUCCUUGAGAAAUUAAGAAGACCAAUUCAACCCAAAAUAUUGCCGCAACAUCAAAGUUCACCAACCCAGCAAUCAAAUGGGCUGCUGAAGCAUGAUCGGGAGGAGCAAGAGAAAGCUUCCAUUGAUGAUACUGGAAAACUGACGUCACGCCAUUUUCAGAGAAGGAAAAAACGCAAGUUGGAGAACUGCCCAGGGAGUUGCUCUCAGCUUGGAAUAAAGGAUUCAAACUCGUAGUUGAUUAGUAAAUGCAUGGUUGCUGUAUAUCUCUAUGUAUACCUUGUUGUGUAGUAUAACAUGUUAGAUAGCACCAAAUGCAAUUUUUUAUGAUAGAUGUUGACCCUUAGAAGGCCAGAUAUUUCUUUGUCGGUCAAUAAAGUCUGUCAAUAUUUGCAUAAUGCACCCACAUCAAUUUAUUGGACUGCUGCAAAA